GGAAGCAUGUGGAACAUCAUGAACAGUAACUUUUCCUUACUCAUGCAGUUCUUUUUGGGCCACCUGCAGAGUUUGGGUAACAAGUUAACAAAACAAAGCAAUUAAGUGUUGCAGCAGGUGUGUUUGGCUUUACUUUUCCAAUCUUCUAUUAGUCAUUCAUGGAAGUUGGGCGGGGAAAGGUUUCUUGUUUUCUGGUUAUCUAUUCUAAGUGCAGGUAACAUCAAGUUGGCCUUUCACUACUUUUCUUUGCCUCUUAUUUUGUCAAAUAUCUGGUUGACUUGUUGUUUAAGGUAAUUUUGAAUAUCCACCAAGAAAUGGAAAGAAGAGAGAAAAGCCACCUGUAAGGACCAGAAACCCAUAUCCAGAUUACAGAUUCACUUCCUUUUCUAUCCUCUUUCCCAUUUUUCCGUCUCAAAUUUGGUUCAAAAUCAAGUGAUUGAGCUUCUCGGCUUGUCCUUUUUUAUUGGUUUUGGUUUAGAAGAAAGACAAGAUAAAGAUCAAUCGAUUUCUUUAUUGAUUGCGUUGCAUGCUGUGAAGAUACAGAGUCAAGUCCAGAACUUUUUUAUUCAGAGAAGAAAGAUGCGUUCUUGUGCCUUUUAGAAAGUUCAUGAAUUUAGGGAGGGAAAAAUAAAUUAGAUGAAGAGAUGUCAACAAAAAUGGAAGCUAAACAUGGUACACCAAGUGUCUUGGCAAGACUUAUGGGUCUUGAUGAACUUCCAUCUCAGCAACCUGUUAAGGAACAGGGACAGAAACGGCAAAGAGUGCUUUCAGAUGAUUAUCUAUAUAGAGUUGCUUCUAUUGGUGUUUGGGAUAAGCGUUCGGCAAAUGAAAAUUCAGGGUAUGUUGGUUUCUCAAACUCAGUGUCAGCAAGUGCUUCUGGUCAUGGAAACACUGAGACAUGCCCUUAUAGAACUGACUAUCUUUUAAUGGUUCCAAGAUUGAAAUCAAACUUUGAAGCAUGCCCUCCCCAUAGGAAGAUUGUUGUUUCUAAACCAAAGCCUAGGAAGACAGAGAAUCCUGCAAAAUUUGUCCCUUUAUCUACCUCUUUAGACAAUUCUCAAUUUUUUGGUAGGAAGCGCAAAGGGUUACAUAGUAAUGAGAUAAACAGCUUUUCUUUGGUGCAUCCAGUGUCAGGAUUUGAAGGUGUUGAGAAUCAUGCAAAAGAGCCAGAUAUGAUGAUGUUUUCUUCCAAAAAUUUCUCUGAUGUGAAGAGCUGCUACAGGCCCUCAAUUUGUUAUUCAGGCAGGUCAUAUAUGGCUGGGGAAGCAAAGAAGCAAAUCUCAGUAGAGUCUCAAAAUGUACUUCAUAGUGGUGGUAGGGGCAGAAGCAGAACUCUUGGGGUGAUGCUUGCGAUGUCAGACUACAAAUCUAAGCCAGAAUCUUUUGAUGACAGGCUGGGUGAGCAGAGAUUAGGCAACAGAAUCUGCUCUAAUGAUAAGUAUAUGAACUUGCGUAGUCCUUUAGGCAUCAGCAGCAAGGACGUAUGGAAAAACAAGUCUGCAAGAGGCUUACCAACGUCCAGAUCAAUUUUCACAUCAACAAUUAGAAGUCUAAAAACCAGAACCAGUCACAAAACUUUUCAUGAUAAUCAGCACAUGACCAGGACAUCAAGGUUUGCCAUUAAUUGGGAAAGUCCAAAAUCAAGAAAGCAAACUUUCAGUGCAAAAGAUGGCUCAAAAACUAGAGACUCAGGUUUCAGCUUCAUAGAGUCUCAAGGUAUUCCUUAUUUGGAGUCAGUUAAUAAGCACUUGAUUGAUGGCAAAUCUGCCGUGCAGAAUAAGGUGAAGGACAGCAUUGAGGAGAACAACCCAUCAGGACAAAAUCCAGUGGUUUCUAAGUUAUCAAGGCAUAACGUUCCCUCUUCUAACCAUGCCACACAAGAAGCUUGGUUGAUGCUGAAGGAUCAAAAGAACAAUACCAAUAAUGGAGAUCUCUUUGGGCAGAAUUUCACGGUAUCUAAGUUGUCAGUAAGUAAUAAUGCCUCUGGAAGUACCGCUUCUGAUGUGCUGGCUGAUGCAGAAAACAUGGUUGUCACCAAAUCUUUGGGAAAUCAUAACAAGCAGCAUUUGGAAUCAGUAGACUGCAUAUUUGUGGUGAAGGAUGAUAAUGGUUCUACUUAUAUCCCAGAAACUUCAAGUCAACAGGAGGAUGAAUCAAUUGAAUUCCUUGAAGAGGGUUCUAUUUCUUCACAUUACUCUAGCACAGACCAUGAUUCUCUUGUGAACUCAGAGGCAGCUUAUCAGCCCAGUCCAGUUUCAGUUCUGGAGACAUUGGAUGAUGAAAUAUCAUCUGGUUCUGAAUUCUAUAAGGGCAUUGAUGCUGGUUUACAUGGUGUGAGGCUGCAGCUUGAAAUUCUGAAAUCAAAAUCUUUGGAAGCAGAGUCAGGACCUGGAUUGAUUGUAUCAAGCGAUGAUGAUUCAGAAGAAGAAUCAUUAAGGGGCUUUAAAGAAAAUGGAGAUCCAAUGAGGUCGUGCAGUGUUGAAGAAAGUAGGGAUUUCUCCUAUAUGGUUGAUGUCUUGACCGAGGCAGGUUUUUGCAGUAGGAACCAUAUGACUUUUGAAGGAUGGCAUUCUGCAGAAUGUCCAAUAAGCCCUACAGUCUUUGAAAUACUAGAAAAGAAGUAUGGUGAGCAGACAUCUUGGAACCGGUCAGAAAGAAGGCUAUUGUUCGACCUUAUAAACUCAGGCUUGACAGAAAUUCUCCACACAUGCCUAGGUGUACCCAUGCAGGCUAAACCACUGGUUAGCUUUAGGCAGAGCUUGGGAGAGAUUGAGGAAGAGCUAUGGAUAUUGCUGGUUAACCAGGAAAAGGAAGCCAGUAAGGAGUCUCAGAAACUGCUGGGAAAUGAUGAUGGCUGGCUAGUACUGAGAAACGAUAUCGAGUUAAUUAGUAGAGAAAUAGGGGAUUCUUUGAUUGAUGAACUGGCAGCAGAGGUUGUUAGCCAGGAGAGUUUUGAAUGAUUGUAUUGUUUCAUUUUUUUCUCCAUUUUCCUCGUCUCACUGAUUUGGGCAUGUAAGUAAUGAGUGAGAGGGAGAUAUAGUUUUGUUUUGCAUCUAUAUGUUUGUGUGCAUUCACAGGAGCAAGAGAGUGGGAUAGGUAUAGAUAGGAAAAAAAAAAAAAGAUUUGUAUAGUCAGGUUUCUACCAUGUUGGGUGAGGGUUCACAUGGUUGUAUUACCAUUCAUGCUGGUCUGUAAUUCAA